CCCCGCCCCCAAGCACGGUAGCCGUAAAGCAGAGGUGCGUGCAGAGGUUGCCGGGGCCGCGCACGUGUCUGGUGUCACUGCUAUGGAAGCCAAAGGUAAAAAGAGAUUCACGGGGAAAAAUGGAAAAGCACCACAAAGAAAACAUAAAUUUAAAAAAGACAAUGAUUCUGGUCCACCGAAGAAGUUUCAUAGCAAAGGAGGUGAAGAAGGAAAGCCUAAAUUCAGAUCCAAGAAGUCUGAGAAAGGAAACAAAAAACUUGGUAAGGCAAGUGGGAAACAAUUCAAGAGUAAGCAGCAACCAGAAAAGUUCACUAGGAAGAGAAAACUCCAGGAGGAUAAUGAGGGUGGGUCAGUACCUAAGAAGCCUAAAUGGGAUGAUUUAAAAAAGAAAAAGAAGGAAUUAAAGCAGAGCAGACAACUUAAUGACAAAACAAAUUAUGAUGUAAUCAUCAAAUCAAAACAAAUAUGGGAAAGUGUGAGAAGGAAAAACUGUGACAAGGAGAAGCGAGAGAAGCUAAUAAAUGAACUACAUAAACUGCUUCAGGGGAAAAUUAAAACUAUGGCAUUUGCACAUGACUCGACUCGAGUUAUCCAGUGUUUCAUUCAGUAUGGCAACGACAAGCAAAGGCAAGAGACAUUUGAAGAAUUAAAAGAUAGCCUACUAGAAUUGAGCAAAUCCAAAUAUUCCAGAAAUAUUGUAAAGAAGUUUCUUAUGUAUGGAACAAAACCACAAGUUGCAGAAAUAAUUAAAAGCUUUAAAGGUGAGGUAAAAAAAAUGCUCCGCCAUUCUGAAGCAUCUGCUGUGGUAGAGUAUGCAUACAAUGAUAAAGCCAUUCUGGAGCAAAGGAACAUGCUAACAGAAGAGCUCUACGGGAAUACGUUCCAAGUUUACAAGUCCCCAGUUUAUCCUACACUGGACAAAGUAUUAGAGGCUCAUCCUGAAAAGCAAGAGGCCAUUAUGGAUGAAAUGAAACAGAUUCUUACCCCAAUGGCACAAAAAGAGGCUGUGAUAAAGCACUCACUGGUACAUAAAGUAUUUUUGGACUUUUUCAUCCAUGCCCUCCCAAAACAAAGAUCUGAAAUGAUUGAAGCAAUCAGAGAAGCAGUAAUCUACCUGGCACAUACACAUGAUGGAGCCCGAGUAGCCAUGCAUGCUUUAUGGCAUGGUACACCCAAGGACAGAAAAAUCAUUAUGAAAACCAUGAAGACAUAUGUUGAAAAAAUAGCUACUGGUGAAUUCUCUCACUUGGUCUUGCUGGCAGCAUUUGAUUGCAUUGAUGAUACCAAGCUCAUGAAACAGCUAAUCAUAUCUGAGAUAAGUGGUUCUUUGCCUGAUAUUAUAAACAACAAAUAUGGAAGGAAGGUCCUGUUGUACUUGCUAAGUCCAAGGGAUCCUGCACAUUUCUUACCAGAGAUCGUCAAAAUUCUGCAACAGGGAGAUGGAAAUGCUUACAGUAAAAAAGAUUCAGAUGUCCGCCGUUGCGAACUUUUAGAAGCCAUUUCCCCGGCCUUGUUAGGUUAUCUGCAAGAACAUGCCCAAGAAGUGGUGAUGGACAAAACUACGUGCGUGUUGGUGGCUGAUAUUUUAGGAUCUGCUCUUGGUGAUGUCCAGCCUGCCAUGAAUGCAAUUGCUAGUUUGGCAGCAGAGGAGCUGGUUCCAGGUGGCAAAGAUGGGCAGCUUCACAUCGCAGAGCAUCCAGCAGGCCAUCUGGUUCUGAAAUGGUUAAUAGAGCAAGAUGAAAAAAUGAGAGAUAAUGGAAGAGAAGGAUGUUUUGCAAGAACGUUGGUGGAAUGUGUCAGCCUUAAGAAUAUGAAGUCCUGGGCAGAAGUAAAUCGAGGUGCCAUGAUUCUUUGUUGCCUUCUCCGAAGCACAGAUCAAGAAGUGGCAAAUAAAGUCAAAGGAGGACUAAAAAGCCUCAUUCCGCAAUUGAAAUGCAAUAAAAAUGUAAAAGGAAUAGAGGCUCUGCUAGAGACGUUAACUUCCUAAUUUAAAUGAGGUUCAGAAAGACCAGUUUCCUAUCAUUGUAACCAAAUACAAGUCAGUGGAGGUUUUGCACAGUGUUUGAUUAUUUUUGUAAUAUCCUUUGUAAAAGUGUAUUUGUAAAUUAAAC